AUAGUUGUUGUGAAACACAUUAGUCUUCUACCAGACUCUAGUAGUUGUGAAACACAUAGUCUUCUACCAGACUAUGUGGAUGUAUUGAAACACAUAGUCUUCUACCAGACUCUAGUUGUUGUGAAACACAGUCUUCUACCAGGCUAUAGUUGUUGUGAAACACAUACAGUCAAACCUGCCCAAGCAACCACCUGUUCUUAGCGACCACCUGGUCAUUACGACCGUUAUUUCUCGCUCCCGAAAAUUUUACCUAUUGAGACGUAAACAUUAAGCUACCUCAUUACAACGACCACAUGGCCAACUCCUGUGUGUAUUUGAGAUGAAAACAACCUCAUACCUUCGCCAAAACCUUAAUGGUAUACGUGACACCCCAACUGGGUACAUGUAAAAUAGGAACAGGUAAUAAGACCCUUCAGAACGCCAGGACUACAUGUAACACGAACAGGUUACCUGAACCAUGCAUCUCACAAUCGUUCUUUUGAACGCUCCACAGAGAAUGGUAGGCUCAAUGACAAUGAAUACAAGGCGCUGUUUUUCUGGGUGUCGGACUGUCGGAGUCCGUUUACUGUGACCUUAGUAGUCAUUCCCACCUCCAACCUGCAGACAUUAUCACCCACCAAGCACUCCCAGUCAGAGACAGGCAGGAGAUAGCUGACGCCCCGUCUUCAAUAUAUCUUUAGAGGUACUACAGCGGACAAGGCAGAAGGGCUCCACAUGGUUCGCGUCAAGUUAAAGAUUGUCGUGAAGACAGUCUUCAUCUUGUGCAUCAUGGUAGGAAGCGUCUACGUCUUACUACCCAGGAACCUUUGCGAAAGAGAUACAAGCAGUAUUUGGAACUCCACCUCUAACGCAGAAGGGAAUCCACACAACUACACACUCAUCCUCAACAACCCCGGGAGAUGUGACGUCACUAGUGAUGACGUGUUUCUCCUCGUCAUGGUGACGUCAACCCCGGGAAACCGCGAGCAGAGGCUCGCCAUCCGCAACACGUGGGGCAACGAGGCUAACGUGAAGGGGACUAUCAUCAGAACAGUGUUCGCGGUAGGGUUGACACAAGACGCUAAGAUGCAAGGAGAUCUGGAACAGGAAAACGGUGUCUACAAGGACAUAAUUCAGGAGGACUUCGUCGACUCGUAUCGGAACUUGACCCUGAAAACCGUCAUGUGUCUAAAGUGGGCAUCGGAGUUCUGCCCCAACGCCAAGUUCGUUUUAAAAACUGACGACGACACUUUUGUGAACAUCUUUAACCUCGUUAGACGUCUUAGGAGGCUAAAAGGUACUCAGGCAAGGAGGUUCGUGACAGGGCGCGUCUUCACAGGAGCCAAACCGGUCAGAGAAACAGCCGAUAAAACAGAAGCGCGGUGGUGCCUGACCAAAGGAGACUAUCCCCGAGACUCCUUCCCACCAUACCCCGGGGGAAACGCUUACGUCAUUUCCAAUGACAUCACGCGACUGAUAUACGAAGUGUCCUUGACUGUGCAGUACUUGUUUAUCGAAGACGUGUACUUUGGUCUUUGUCUGGAGAAACUUGGGAUCCACCCGGAGCACAACGGAGAGUUCGUCUUUGGGAGGGACGUACACUCCUGUGAAGACAAGAAAAUAGCUUCCCAUUGGUUGAAAACUCCUGGUGCCAUGGUUCGGGCCUGGCAGAACCUCAUCCGCAGUUGCUAGCGUUUGUAUUUGUCUACAUUCUUGCUACUGACCACCUCUGUAUACCUGGCCAUUGAUAUAGUCAAACCUUUGCGUCUGCCCAAUGAGUCAUCAACUUAUUGAGGUUUGGCACAUAAACAAAGAAACACCGGCCAUUGAUAUGCGGUGAAGCCUGUACUUGUGAUCACCUCUACAUAAGGACCACCUGCCCAAUGAUAUUGUGAAACUUGGUACUAGUGACCACCUCUACAUUACAAACCACCUGGCUAUUGAUAUGCAAUGAGGUCUGUACUGGUGACCACCUUUAUAUAAGGACGAGUGAGUUGGUACAUGAGUCAGAAGGAACAGACUAAAGCACAAAGUUGAGAAGUAGAUUUCAAACAGAUAAAAAAGUGGUGUAACGAGAUUGUUUGCCCACAAUCAGAUGUUUUCUUUGAAACGGUCUUGAAUAACAAACCGCUGCCCUGAUCAUUCUUACUUGAACACAUUCAUAUAUAUAUAUAUAUGU